AUGUUUAUUGAGCUUUUCGAACACCAGGCGAUCAUGGCGAUCUCGGAGUCCGUCGGCAGGAAGAUCGCGCUGAGCUACUUCUACGUGCUCGUUUGGAUCGUUUUAAGCUUCUCCGUUAUAGUGUUCAACAAGUACAUUCUCGACCGGAAGCUGUACAACUGGCCUUACCCUAUCAGUCUCACAAUGAUCCACAUGGCAUUCUGCUCGCUCCUCGCCUUCCUAUUGGUCAAGGUCUUCAAAGUGGUCGAACCCAUCGCCCUCUCUACCGAGAUGUACCUCACAUCAGUGCUCCCCAUCGGCGCGCUCUACUCACUCAGCCUCUGGUUCUCCAACUCGGCCUACAUCUACCUCUCCGUUUCGUUCAUUCAGAUGCUCAAGGCGCUUAUGCCAGUCGCUGUCUACCUCCUAGGAGUGCUUUUCACCCGAGAGACUUUCCGAACCUCUGCCUUUGCUAACAUGGUCGCCAUCACAGUGGGGGUGGCGGUGGCGGCGUAUGGGGAGGCAAAUUUCAACGCCACAGGGGUGCUGCUGCAGCUCGCAGCUGUCUGCUUCGAGGCUCUACGCCUGGUGCUCAUACAGAUCCUCCUCACAGCCAAGGGCGUCUCUCUCAACCCCAUCACAUCACUCUACUACAUCUCGCCAGUCUGCCUGCUCUUCCUCUCCCUCCCUUGCUACUCGUCGAGUAUCCCUGCCUCGCUCCCUAUCGCCUCUCUCCCUUUCACCCAUACUUUUACCCCUUUGCACCACUUCUUCCUCCAUUUCGAAACCUUCCUAUCGCCCUUUUCUCUCUUUUCCUGUCUGCACACCACAUUACAGAUCCUCCUCACAGCCAAGGGCGUAUCUCUCAACCCCAUCACAUCGCUCUUCUACAUCUCGCCAGUCUGCCUCCUCUUCCUCUCCGUCCCCUGGCUCCUCGUCGAAUACCCGCGCCUCGCUCCCUCCCUCACCAUCCCCUCUCAACCUGCGCUCGUCCUUUUCCUCGCCAACUGUGCCUGUGCAUUCUCCCUCAACCUCGCCGUCUUUUUGCUGAUUGGGAAAACAUCAGCUCUCACCAUGAACGUCGCUGGCGUGGUAAAGGACUGGCUGCUGAUUGCGUUCUCAUGGUCGGUUAUCCGCGAUAGAGUCACAGCAAUCAACCUGAUGGGCUAUCUUCUGGCCUUUGUUGGGGUCUGCUGGUACAACAGCAUGAAGCUACAGGAACUGAAAGCAAAGGAGACUUCCAAGAAGCUGCAGCAAGAGCAGGAGCAAAAACAACAGGUUGAAGUGGGGGACGAGGAGUCUGGGCCUUUGUUGGGUGGUACUGAGUUGACUUCAAGGGAGGUGGCUCAAAAAGAGGAAAAUCGGCACAACGAGUGUCAUCGUUAUUCGCCCUUUCGCUCGCUGUUCAAAGCCAGAGGCAGUAUGCACGCCAUAGGGAAAUUCUUCAAAACUGUGUACGAACUUUUUGACGAGGAUGACGAAGACGAGGAUAACAAUAACGAGGGAGAGGGUGUAGACGGUGAAGGAGGAGGCUUCUGGGAUAGAUCAGGAAACGGACGCGGGUUCUGGGGGAUGGGAGGAGGAGGAAGGGAGGAGGAGAGGGAAAGGAAGAGAGGAGGAAGGAAGGAAGAGGCGACUGACAUGGAUGGCAGGGCAAGGCGAAGGGUUAGUGGAAGCAGUAAGCAAGCGACAGGGAGAGAGAGGCGUGGGGGUGGGGAUGGGCAUUUGGCUGACCCGAGAGAAGAGCUUCAUACUGACAGCAACGGGCUGACGUGGCGGCCUUUGAUUCGACUGGCUGAGCACAGAGAUGGAGGCGUGCAGGGCCUAGCUUGGUUCAUCACUUCUCUUCACCAAGAUGCAGACGGUGAUGUGGCAAACGACUUCUUCGUCGAGGUGCUUCCAGCAGGGUUACACGCUGCUGAAUCUGCACACUUCCCUCCUAGUGCAGCAGCAGUCAGCAGGCGUGGAAACCCAGGUUUUUCUGAUGCGGCUGCCUCUGCACCUCCUAUACCUGACGAUGCUGCUGGUGCUGAUGCCGCUGCUACUUCUACUGCUGCUGCUGGUGCUGGUGGUAGUGAUGGUAGCAGUGAUGGUGGUGGCAAUGGUGGUGGUAGCAAUGCAACUGGCAAUGGGGAGGGUGUCAAAACUGGCCAAGGCAGUCCUACCCAUACCUUCGAAGAUCAAGGGUCCUGCGUGGUGCUGGCGGUGGUGGUGUUUACCGUUCAACGGUCACUGGAGGAGCAAUCCGCUGCUGCUAUUGUCGAAUCCCAGCCCGGAUUCCCGCCUCUUUCUCCGGACCUAGAAGAGCGAGCCGAGCAAAUCCACGAGCAAACCGAAUCUGCCCGGAAAAAAAUUGAAGAGCUGCAAGCGACAAUAAAAUCUAUCGAAAGAUCUCGAGACGAGAUGAAGGAGCGCUUGAACCUGCUUCUAUCUCAGGUGCAAACUCAGGGGGGAGGGGAGGGAUCAUCUAAGGACGGCUCUUCAGGCAUCAGGGCCAUUGAAGGCACGGGAACGCCGGACCAGCCAAGUGCGUUUAAGCCGGUUCGGGCCGGACCUGCCGGAAAGGUUCGGUUUCCCCGAACCAACCCGCCGGUGGUUCCCAGUUCGGAAGGGGUCGAUCCAGCCUUGGUGUCUCUCCUGCUCAAAAUAGCUUCGGAAAAGGAGAUUCUAGCCACUGUAGCUGCAGUGGAAGUUCAGAAUAUGAUGGAGAUGUGGAUAAAGCAAGUAGUGAGAGUCGGAAUCACCAACGCUCUCGUCCUCUGCCUGGAUCCGGCUACCGAAGCAGCUUGUAACGCAGCCUCAGCAAACCAGGUCGCCUGCUACCUCGUACCGAACCUCCCCGCCGUGUUCGCACCCCCGCAAGCCUCGGCGAACGAGAGCCCGAACCAGCGCGCAGCCUCGGUAAUCGACAGUCUAAACGGCGCGAAAUUCUACGUUCUAAGAGACGCCCUAGCCCUUGGUUACUCCAUGCUGGUUUCCGACCUAGACGUUACCAUUCUCCGCAACCCGUUCUCUUCGGGAGAACUGGUUAGAGACUGCGACAUAGAAGCCAUGAGCGUGGGUCACGAUCAAGCAUCUGCGUUUGGUUACAACGAUGUAACAGACGAUCCAUCUAUGGGCUGGGCCCGAUACGCCCACACCAUGCGUGUAUUCGCCAUGGAUUCCGGGUUCUUCCUGGUUCGACCCACUGCUCCCGCUCUGGAGCUCUUUGAUCGGGUGGCGGCUCGGCUGGGGGCGGCGUCGAGAGGAGGGGGCGGGGUGUCUGGAUUGGUGAACCCACUGGUGGUGUUCAAUGAGGAGAUGUUCUACCCGUCACGGCCGGACUACAAGGGCGUGUUCAUCUCCCGGCGUGUGCUGGACAUUCACCGGUUUAUCAAUUCAAAGGUUCUCUUUGGGCAGCUCAAGCGGGACUACGGCAGGCUGCAGUCAUUGGUGGGGUCAGCAGUGGCAGUGCAUGUCAAUUAUCACGUCGAUAAGCUCACUCGCUUAUCAGCCGUCACCUCUUUCUUCAUGGACCGCGAGCGAGCCGCGUUUGACGCCCUAUCGCUGGCCUCCUCUUGA